GUACAGUAUAUGAUUCCCCUCAUAUAGCAUAUCGUUGCUGAUCUAAAUUUAUGUCUCCGAAAUUCCGUCUCCGAAAGUCCAAAAGUAAUACAAUAAGAAGCAGAAUUUCACCAGAGAGCAAGACAUUACAGAUAUAAAGAUGUCACUGCCGCUUUCAGAACAAGGGGUUCUCACAGUGGUCCCCGAUAAGUUGAAACAGCUGGCAAAAUACAUCAUGCAUGGAUUCUACUCUGUGGAGCACGCCCUCGUAGUUGAUAUGUUAGUCAGGAACACCAUCAUGAAGGAAGACGACCUGGCCGACCUGCUCAAGUUUGACAAGAAGCAGCUUCGGACAUUGUUGAUGAAAAUCAAGAACGAUAAGCUCCUAAAGCAGGUGAUGCGCGUUGAGACGCAGGCUGACGGUAGAGCCAUGAGGCACUAUUACUACUACAUCAACUACAAGACGUUUGUGAAUGUUGUGAGAUUCAAAUUGGAUCGAAUGAGACAGAAGAUCGAGAACCGCGAGAGGGACUCCACCUGCAAAGCACUCUUUAAAUGUACCGAAUGCACCAGAACCUACAACGAGUUUGAUGCAGGGAACCUGUAUGAUCCUAUCACUAUGGCGAUGAAGUGUACCUAUUGCGGGGCUGAGGUACAGGAGGAUGAGAGUGCCGUACCCAAGAGGGAUGCGGUCACUCAGAUGGUGACUUUCAAUGAACAGAUGAAACCCAUGUUUGAUCUGCUGAAGGACGUAGAGCAUGUGAAACUUUCACAGCAACUUCUGGAACCCACACCAGUUCCUCUCAGUGAUGCACAGAGGGGUCUUUUGGGCAACCGAGGGUUGAACGUAGGAGGUCCUCAACGAGGCUGGAGGGAAGGAGAUCGUGGCCCUGCAGAGCUCUACCAUCAAGACGUCACCAUUAACAUCGGAGAGAACCAAGGCCCAGCUACGGACCAGCCAGCACCACGAGAACGACCUGUCUGGAUGACUGACAGCACCGUCGAGGGGGCCAUCACGGAGGCGGCUCCAUCGGGAAGUGGGGUUGAAACCAUGGAGGCAGAACGGGCUGGAACCAAGGCUGGAAAGUCGCAUGAGGGCGAGAUCAUGAAGGCGUUGCUUGCGCACGAGAGGAAGGUCGGACAGAGACCCAGCUUCCAUCACGAGCACGAACCGAACAGUGACAACGAAAGCGACGCUAGUGCCUCGGACGAUGAGUAUUCGCAACCUCAAGGAAGAACUGAACCUCCCUUAUCAGAGGACAGACUUGCUUUUGGUACAAUGAUGGGGGAUGUGACAAUGGGCAGACAUGAGGAGGAAGAGGAGGAAGAAGAGGACAUGAUCGUGAUGGUUCAGGGAAGACCGGUGCCGCUAGAUGAAGUCACUCCUGAAAUGAUUUCUGAAAUGGACCAGGAAGAAAAGGAUGAAUACAUAAGACUUGCACAACAAGCACAUGCUGAUAUGUAUGAAUGAUGUUGUUUACUAAAAUUUGCACAACAUGCCAAUAUGACUACAUGUAGAAGUUGUCAGCCAGAACUCUAUUAACGUACUAAUACGUAAAAACUAUUGUUGUUGAGUGAUUGGAAUGUAAAUAAUUCAUUAAUUUGAGUGCAUUAGUAUAUAUGCAGUGCAUGCAGGUUGAGUCACAAUUGAAUUAUAAGGAGACUAUUGAAGUUCAUUAUU